UGUUUUCUUUGUUUUUGGUUGUUUGCCCUCUUCCUUUCUAAUAAACAAGUACAGUAGGGAGUUUUUAGGUUAAAGAAUAAUUCAUGUUUGAUAUAAAUACGGUAUAAAUGUAAAGCAGCUGUGAGUGCUGCUUUUUCUCUUCUGCAACCUCAGAACAGUUUGCUUUAAAAUAAUGACUCCAGUUCAGGCCUGAGCGGAUCUCAGAAUAAUCCCGUCUUGUACUGGUGGAGCAGAGGGUGACUCAUUCAACCAGGCUGCACUCCCACCACAGACAGAGAGGAACAAGCACCUAUCCAGUGCCAAACUGGAGGCCAGCCUCCCUCCUCUCCUCCCAUCUCAUUCUUUCCUACAUGGGCACUCAGAUGGGUCUGCAGACGUCGCUGUGAGUGUGGAGACGAACGUCCUCACCCAGCAACAAAGGAGUCCACACCGAUCCUGGAGCAGUUUUAUCUUCUUCUAACCGCGUUUAGAAAGGCAGAAAGGUGAAAUGGCGACACCCAAAAACACUCCUCGAGGUGGAAACACUCCUCUGUCUCCCAACCGCAUCACCCGACUCCAGGAGAAGGAGGACCUCUGCAACCUCAACGACCGCCUGGCCAUCUACAUCGACAAGGUGCGCUCUCUGGAGGCCGAGAACGCCGGCCUGCGUCUGCGCAUCACAGAGUCGGAGACGGAGGUGACCCGGGAGCUGACGGGCCUGAAGGCCGCCUACGAGACGGAGCUGGCUGACGCCCGCCAGACUCUGGACUCGGUGGCCAAGGAGCGGGCUCGGCUGCAGCUGGAGCUGGGGAAGCUGCGGGAAGACCACAAGGAGCUGAAAGCCAGGAACACCAAGAAGGAGUCGGAGCUGGCAGCAGCCCUGCAGAGGCUCAAAGACCUGGAGGCUCUGCUGAACUCCAAGGACGCCUCCUUGACCACAGCUCUGGGAGAGAAGAGGAGCCUCGACGUGGAAAACCGGGACCUGAAGGCGCAGGUUGCCAAGCUGGACAGCAGUUUAGGCGAUGCCAGGAAGCAGCUGCAGGACGAGAUGCUGAGGAGGGUGGACGGGGAGAAUCGCAUCCAGACUCUGAAAGAGGAGCUGGACUUUCAGAAGAACCUGCACUCUGAGGAGCUGCGGGAGAUUAAGAGGCGCCACGAGUCUCGGAUGGUUGAGCUGGACAACGGACACCAGCAGGAGUUUGAGAGCAAACUGGCCGAGGCGCUGACUGAGAUGCGCAGCCAGCACGAGCUGCAGAUUAAACUGUACAAGGAGGAGAUUGAGAAGACCUACAACACCAAGCUGGAAAGUGCUCGCCAGUCGGCGGACCGGAGCAGCCACCUGGUUGGAGCGGCGCACGAGGAGCUGCAGCAGACACGAGUUCGUCUGGAGUCCAUGUCGGCGCAGCUCAGCCAGCUGCAGAAACAGCUGGCGGCCCGUGAGGCGAAGAUCAGGGACCUGGAGGACGCUCUGUCUCGGGAGCGGGACACCACCCGUCGCCUGCUGGGGGAGAAAGACCGAGAGAUGGCGGAGAUGAGGCAGCAGAUGCAGCAGCAGCUGGAUGAGUACCAGGAGCUUCUGGAUGUGAAGCUGGCUCUGGACAUGGAGAUCUGUGCCUACAGGAAACUGCUGGAGGGAGAGGAGGAGAGGCUACGGCUGUCCCCCUAGCCACCUCCCACCAGAGUGACAGGAAGUCGUUCCUCCACCACAGCAGCUCACUCCCGAUCCGUGCACUCCCCCGCCAAGAGACGCCGACCCAACGACACCGACAGCGAGGCCUCCAGCUUCGCGGGCGGAGCCGUGGCCCGCACUCGCAUCACCCAGCAGGCCUCGGCCAGCGGACGGGUCACCGUGGACGAGGUGGACCUGGAGGGGAGAUACGUCAGACUUGGCAACAAAGCAGAUGAGGUGAGAAGUUGGGGAAACUGGCAGGUGAAGCGGCAGGUGGGAUCUGCUGCUCCAAUUGUCUUCAAAUUCCCGGCUAAAUUUACCUUGAAGGCCGCAGAGGUCACGAUUUGGGCCUAUAACUCAGGGGGAACCCACAAUCCUCCUUCAGACCUGGUGUGGAAGAGUCAGCCCUCCUGGGCACUGCGUGACCUGCUCCAGACCACUUUAAUCAGCACCAACGGAGAGGAAAUGGCAAUGAGGAAGGUCACCCGCACGCAGUUCGACGAGGAAGAUGACGACAUGGUGGCUCACAGCACCUGCGGCGACGGCGAGUACAACCUGCGCAGCCGGACCGUCGUCUGCGGCUCGUGUGGACUUCCUUCGGACAAAUCCAGCAGCUGCUCCGUGUCCUCUGCUUCCCGCUCCUUCCGAAGUGGAGGAGUCUCCGAGGGUUUACUGCCACACUCGUAUGUGUUCAGCACCAGCACACCUCGCAAGACUGGAGCGAGGAUGGAGAGCUGCCCGAUCAUGUGAAUCUCUGGAUCCAUAUUGAAGUCUUUUUUAUUUGAAUUUUUUUAAAUAGGCUAUAACUUUUUAGUGAUAUACUCUUCAUUAAGUUUUAGUAUUUACUUCAGCUCAUAUGCCUUAGAAUGAUUUCCAGUAUACUGUAUGCAUUAAAACUUAAUACUGCUUCAUGAUUAUAUUCGUGUCUGCAAAGGCUAUUUUUCUUCCAUUUCAGUGUCACAACUCUAAGUUUUGAUAGGAAAUGUAUGUCAGUUGUUCUCCAGGCAGUUAUUGUAAUAACUGAUCAUUUGCUGUGUUAUUACAUUUCCAUAUCUUCUGGUUUCAGCUGCAGCCAGUAGAUGAAAGUUUAUGAAAUAUUUUACAAGUAAAUCUGGUUUGUUUGAUCAUUUUAAAUAUUCUUUUGUAGGUUUUAUAAAAUGAAAAUAAGCUCAGCUUGCUUCAGAUCUACAGGAGUUUUUGUAUUAUUUUUCUGAUAUCAAUAAACAUUUUUUCAGAAAUCUUCUUUGUCUUAUUAACUGAAUAAACCUAAAACUGUCA